AAGUCCUCUCUCUGUAGACAGGGAGGUUUCUUUCUUGCUUGUCCAAGGAGGGAGGAAAAAAACCUUCAGCUUUUAUUGUUAUUAUUACUGAAACCAACUCAAAGACCUGCUGCUUUUUCUUCUUUCAUAAACCAGGGAGCUGGCUGAAAGAGACUGGAUUGCUUGUUUCGCUCAAGGGGAAAGCAUCUGAGGACACUGGCAGUGUGCAGAGCUCUCUGCUGAACGUUCUGAAAACUCUGGCUGACUGAAGGCUUCAUAGCACAGCACCUUAGGAUGAAUCCACACCAGCUCUGGCCUCUCUCCCUCUUUAUCUUCCUGUUGGUCAGCUCGUCCAAUCAGAUCGAAGAUAACCAGAUCCCCAGCCUCUGCUCAGGACAGCCUGGUAUCCCAGGAUCCCCUGGGGCACACGGCAGCCCAGGCCUGCCAGGGAGGGACGGCAGAGAUGGGCGUGAUGCCGCCCCGGGGGAAAAGGGGGUCAAAGGAGAUUUGGGCGAGCCAGGGAUGUCUGGCGCCAGGGGCGACCGCGGCGACCGGGGGGAGCCAGGAGAGAAGGGCGACAGGGGGCAGCCGGGAGAGUGCGCCGUGGCGCCCAAGUCCGCCUUCAGCGCCAAGCUGUCGGAGAGCCGGGGCGCGCCCACGCCCGUGGGGGAGGCGGUGCGGUUCGACGUGGCGCUCCUGAACGAGCAGGGGCACUACGACGCGGAGACGGGCCGCUUCACCUGCAGGGUGCCCGGAGUCUACUACUUCGCCGUCCACGCCACCGUCUACCGCGCCAGCCUGCAGUUCGACCUGAUGAAGAACGGCCACGUCGUGGCCUCGUACUUCCAGUACUACGGCAACUGGCCCAAGCCGGCCUCUCUGUCCGGCGGCUCGCUGCUGCACCUGGUGCCCGGAGACCAGGUGUGGGUGCAGAUGGGCCUGAGCGAAUACAGCGGCUUCUACUCCAGCCAGAAGACGGACAGCACCUUCAGCGGCUUCCUCGUCUAUUCGGACUGGAAAAACUCCGCCGUCUUCGCCUAGCAGGGACACGCGUGCGCCGGUGCGCGGGGGAUGGGCGGACAACACGCGGAACCGAAGGGACCGAAAACAGCCCAGAACAAGAUAAACUCGAUCAUCCACGUAAUCAGAAUAACUUAUUAUGUUUGCACACGUCUUGACAGCCGUCUUCGCUGGCCAGAUAGCCAGCCUCGAUAGAUGUACAGUAAAUCAACGACAAAUAUCUACAGCUUUGAUAUUCGCGGGAUCUUUUAGGGUUUGAUUCUAGGGAACAAGAGAGAUAAUGACCAGUCAGAGAGCAAGACAGGCUUGCAGUCUCACUCUUAUAUUUAAACUGUUUAUAUACACACACAGUGUCUAAACAGAUAUAGUCAAGUGGAUUUCAGAACCUCACAUUUCACCUUACAACCUUCUAUUCAUUGCUGGAAGAUCAAUGCGCUUAAAAUAACAUUAUGCAUUUACACGCUAUCUGUUUCUCUAUGUAUCUGAUGUAUCUGUUAUUAACGAUAGAUCAUAUUAGUCUUCUGGUCUAAAUAUGUUCCAGUGAUUCUCACUUUAGUCACCUAGGAGGUCACCUAGGAGAUGUCUGUAGUCAGAGCCCUGUGCAACUAUCCCUGGUUCUCUGGUUUGAAACUAUCCUAUCUCCCUGCAGAUGUUGGCUCAGCUCAACAUUCCCAUAAAACGAUGCCUUAAUAGAGAACAUUUCCUACCUGGAAAAAGGAGCCCCGACACUCAUAUCAUAUUCUCAAGUACAGAUGUCAAGAUCAGGAGAUAUCAGAAGGAUUCACUCACACACAAGCACAAACACUGGUCCUGUGUCUGAGGUGCUGUACCUGUGAACAAAGUCCGUCUGUGUGACUGGUAAUGAGAACGGUAUGUCUUCAAGCCUGAGCUAAACUGUACAAAAUGAAGCAAUUUACUAUUAGACAAGUGUACAGAUGUGCUCACCUAGGUUUAUUAUAAUAAAAGCAAACUAAUACAGAAA